AUGUAUUUCAAGAGACAGAUUCAAACGAAUCAAACAGUUCUUUCACGUGUGUGACAACUCAGCAUUGGAUAUGAAAAACAAAUUUGCAAAAGUCGCACCAUUGAAUGACUUAUUGAACAAAAAAUUUCUUCAAUUUGGUGUUUUCUCUCACAACCUUUCCAUUGAUGAACAAAUGAUUGCCUACUACGGCCGACAUUCGUGCAAAAUGUUCAUCAAGGGAAAACCAAUUCGUUUCGGGUACAAGUAUUGGUGUUUGGCUUCGUCAGAAGGCUACUUGUAUCAACUACUUCCAUACGCUGGUGCAUCAGAACAGGAGGACCCAGGUUUCGGACUGGGAGAACGUGUUGUGCUAUCACUUCUUUCACAUCUGGAGGCCACCGCCAAGCACACGGUUACCUUUGACAACUUCUUUACAAGUCACAAACUUAUGACUCGUUUGUCGAACGAUGGAUUCUUCGCUUUGGGAACUGUUCGUGAUAAUCGGACCAAUCAUGCCCCAUUAAUGAACAUCAAGGAAAUGAAAAAGAAGCCUCGCGGGACGUCUGACUUUCGUUUCGACACGAACAAUUCUAUUUUGGCGGUGCGUUGGAAUGAUAAUGCGGUCGUGACCUUAUUAUCGAAUUUCCUAAGCCAUACACCAAUGGUCCGCGCGCAACGGUAUGAUCGAAAGCAACGGAAAAUGGUUACUAUUUAGCAGCCGUAUUUGGUCAACGAAUACAAUCAUCUUAUGGGAGGUGUGGACCUUUUUGACAAUGCAAUGAAUAAUUAUCGAAUUCGGAUUCGGGGAAAAAAGUGGUAUUGGCCAUUAAUAACAAAUGCGUUUGACGCGGCUAUGGUAAAUGCAUGGAAGUUACAUUGCUUCUGUCGCAAGUAUGACAAGAAGCCACCGAUGUCUCAAUAUGAAUUUCGAGUGGAGGUGUGUGAAUCGAUUAUGAUCAAGUCCAGUUAUCAUCAUCCGGGUAGAACGUCGGCUUCCGGGGCACAACUGGCAAUGCGUUACGACCGUAUGGAUCAUUUCAUCGGAAAACUUAAUACUCGUCAUCGUUGUCCGCAAUGCGGUGGCAAAACUGAAUAUGGUUGCUUGAAGUGCCAAGUGAACUUGCAUCCCGCUCCUUGCUUUCUGGAUUACCACAACGGCGUUGAACCAGAUAAGAAAAAGAUUGCCAAGGCUAAGUAAUCUAUUUCUUAUAAAUAUAAUAAUU